AUGCCCCGGCAUCUGUUUUUUUCUUGUGCGGUGCUGAUCUGCGUGCUGUCGAUCUGCUGUAGCAGUACAGCAGUGGCCACUUCGGAGAGUAAUUCAAAUGUUGUCACUGAUCCAUUUAACGGAACAACGGAGGUGGCUGGUGGUAAUUGGAAAUACGCCAGUGAUGCAUCGGUCACCUCGCUGCGUGUCCCCAGCCUUGUGGAGGUGAACGGUGAUGUGUUUGCCGUUGCUGAGGCUCAGUGCAAGAAUGGGAACGGCAGCGAAGAAGCUGUCAGCGUUGCUGGAAUUGCGUCGACGCACCUGAAGGAUAUUUCUGAUGUCGAAAAGGAGAUCUUGACGGCGGAGGCAAAUCUCUUUUGCAUGCAAUUCGAAGAGGCAAGUGAUGCGGCUGGGAAGGCAACGGAGGUGAUGCAGCCAACCACAAUUGUCAGCGGCAGCGAUGUCUACAUGCUGCUGGGAAAAUACAGCCGUACAGAGUCUGAACCUGAAGUUUCCGGUGAUGGUGGCUGGAGGCUGUUGCUGGUGAAGGGAACAGUCACUGGAGACAGUGAGGAAAAGAAAAUUGAGUGGGGUAAGACCCAUGCAGUGAAGCCUGAUUUCUUGCCAGCGCGUAAGUCAUUGACUCGGUUGGUUGGCGGCGGAGGGUCGGGUAUUGUGCUGAGUGACGGUACGCUUGUGUUUCCCAUGCAGGCCAUAGAUAAGGAUGAAUGGGAUGGAAAGAAAAAGAAUUUUUUUUUGUCUAUGCGCUUCACCCAGGCAGAGAACAAAUGGGAGCUUUCGCGGCAGAUGGCGGAUGUUGGGGGCUACAAGGAUCCAUCGAUUGUGGAGUGGGGAGAAGAUCAAAAACUUCUUCUGAUGGCUCCCUGCAAGGAUGGCUACUACGACGUGUACGAGUCCCCUGGGCUGGAACAAGUUGGUACAGCGAGCGUGAGCCAAUUUCCCGUGUGUGGGGCAACUCACAUGAUCGAAAAGGGGAGGGCGUUCGGAGCGGCUUCAUCACUGCAACCAUCGAGGAGAAGAGGUUGA